AACUGCUAUUUUAUAUAUAAAGGUUAGCCAUGUUUGAUGUUUGGUGCCUUAUUGUCUAUCCUUAUUCAUAGGAAUUACUUUUUCUUAGUUAUAAAGAUAAAGAACCAAUAUUGAACUAAACUGCUAAGUUGACAUGAACGCUGCUAGAAAAUAUCCACAUUGAUGCAACACAUUCCAACUGCUUGGCGAGAUUCGUGAACCAUGCCCAUCCCGGUGUGCCAAUUGUAAAAUGGUGUUACUGGUUCGUGACAAAGUGCCGUAUCUAGGCUUAAAGUCUCUAAAACUCAUAAAGACUAAUGAAGAGCUUAGAUACGAUUAUGGUGACAAAUGCAUGUUGUCUUUGAGAAAGCAGAAGAACUUGUGUGUGCCAUUACAUUUAAAAGAUAUAGAGAAUCAGCUAAAAAAGAUCUCCCAUGCAAGUAUUCUGAAACUGAAGGAAGGGCAAAAAACUGUAAUUGAGGUAGAAGGUGAGCACACUUACAAUGAGAAGUAUAACCUUUUAUCAAUAAACGUAUAUUGUGACACAAUUAUUUUUAUAGUAUUAAAACAGCCUUACAUGAUUAUCAGAGAUCGUGAAAAUUUGUUCAAGCCAUUAAUAUAUAAGACGAAGAUCCCUAAUCUUCACUUUGAAAAGGGUUGUCUGUUUGAAAUCGACAAGGAAAUCACAAGACAUGACUCGUGUGAUACAAGACCUCAAGAUGUUGCCGAUGAUCGCUUUUGUGAAUGUUGCAAGAUACGUUACACAUCACUACAACAUGUAUAUGUGCUGGCUUAAUUGCAAAGAUGAUUCACUAGCGAAAGUGUAGGGAGUCAGAACACUAUAUAUGGAAUAGGAACAUCUGGUUCAGAGCUGCCAAAAUUUAUCUGUUCUUCCAUCCACGAUAUUUAUUGAACAUUUGCAACAAACAUGCAUCAAACAUUCGCAAUAAGAUGAAAAUAAAUUUACACAAGUUAUUGACUUGAUCAAUUCAUGGCUUGAAAUUCAUUAAAAGUAUUAUAGAACAUUCAAUUUAUUGUUAGGUUAUGCUAUAAAUGUUUUUCUAUUUACAAAACAUAGCAUUUUAAUUGUAAUUCAUAUUUCUUCUUAUUGGAAAAAAGAUUAUAUUUUAUUAUA